CUCCUUGUUUAGUUUUGUCACCAUGAAGGUAGCUUUGUUUUCACUGGUGCUCCUCGGCCUGGCUGGGAUGCUGCAUGCUGAGGCCCUGUCCCAGUCUGGAGAGAACAGGUAAGAUUCCCAUCCUGCGUUUGAGAUUUCUGAUCAUAUUUCAUUUUGAUGAUGAGUCCCCUGCAUUAUCUAAUAUAUCCAUUCCUCUCGCAUGUUUGUGUUAUUGUCUGCUUGUUAGUCUCACAGAAAAUGGACAGGGUUUGGGGAGAAGAUAUGCAGAGUCAACCAUCGCCAGUGACAUGAGCAAAAUCAUGGACUCCAUGGUGCAGAAGAAUUUUGUCAACUUCCUGCUCAACCAGAGAGAGAAAAAGAGCAUGUAAGUCAAAUUGGCUUUGAAAUUACUAUAAUUGCUACAGUUCAGAACUUGAGAUAUUCAGAAGCUGAAGCGGAGAGAUAUGCAGAAGUGGAGAGCAAAUUCAGCCACUGGCAAUGGUAAUAAUAAAAUAAAACUGUCAUAGGUCUAAUGUCACUCCAGAGGAAGAUCCAGAGGCUCGCCUGUACAACAAUCUCCUGAAAAAGCUUGCACUGUGCAUUCGCAGCAAGGGACAGAUCCAUGUGAGUUAAUUCUGUGAACUACUUUAAUAUAGUAAAUUGUAGUAAAUAUAGUAAGUUGACUACUUCAAUAUAGUCAAUUGUUGCCAAAUUAUUGGUUGUGUCAUAUUGUUUUUAUUAUAAUAUUUUCCCAUUUGUUUCCUCACUACAACCGAACACAGUGAUGUUUUGAAGAAUAUCAACAAAUGAUCAACGUAGGUGGGAGAGUAAUUCAAAGAGAAGCCUGAAGUCAACCAAAACAUAAUGACAAUUUGGAGGAAAAUGUAUGCUUUCUAUUUUUGUGUACACAAUAUAUAUUGUAAAGUUAGAAAUAUGAAUCCAGAAUGCCUGAACUUUUUCAUAAAUAAUUGCUAAGG